GUCAAUCAUCCGGUCAAGGCCGUUCUGGUAAAAACACAACGCAGUCUCAAAACUAUUGUACACAGUCAAGCUGAAUAGAAAUUGUCAAGAUGAGCAAUUCGUCUGGUCAAGCGAUUGAUGUUGAACCUUUGACAUUAACUAGGUUCAUUUUGGCUGAACAGAAGAAACAUCCCCAUGCAACUGGAGAUUUUACAGCUCUUAUGAACUUUAUCCAAACUGCAGUGAAAGCCGUGUCAUCAGCCGUACGAAAAGCAGGAAUACACAGACUGUUUGGAAUCUCUGGAGUAGCAAACACAUCAGGGGAUGAACAAAAGAAGUUGGAUGUCUUAGCUAAUGAUCUGUUCAUUAAUAUGUUAAAAUCUUCAUAUUUAACCAGUUUGUUAGUGUCAGAGGAAAACGAUACAACUAUUGUAGUGGAACCAGAGAAACAGGGAAAAUACAUUGUAUGUUUUGAUCCAUUAGAUGGUUCAUCAAACAUUGACUGUUUGGUUUCCAUAGGAUCUAUAUUUGGAGUCUACAGGAAGACAGAUGAUGAACCAGUGACCACAGCUGAUGCCCUUAAACCAGGAACAGAACUGGUGGCAGCUGGUUAUGCUCUGUAUGGAAGUGCUACUAUGAUUGUUUUAUCUAUAGGAAAUGGAGUCAAUGGUUUUAUGUUGGAUCCUGCUAUAGGAGAAUUUAUUUUGACCGAGCCAGAUAUUAAAAUAAAACCAAGGGGGAAAAUCUACUCAAUCAAUGAAGGAUACUCACAGUACUGGGAUCAGGCAACAGCCAAAUAUGUUGAAAGUAAAAAAUACCCAAAGAGUGGAAAGCCUUAUGGUGCAAGAUAUAUAGGAUCUAUGGUUGCUGAUGUUCACAGAACUUUAGUCUAUGGUGGAAUAUUUAUGUACCCUGCCACAACAGAAGCUCCCAAAGGAAAGUUACGUUUAUUGUAUGAAGCCAAUCCCAUGGCUUACCUUGUUGAACAGGCUGGAGGUACAGCUACAACAGGAAAAGAAAGGAUCUUAGAACUCCAACCAACAAGUCUUCAUGAACGUUGUCCAGUGUUCAUGGGUUCUAAAGAUGAUGUUCAAGAUGUUCUAGACAUGUACAAAACAUUUGGUUGAUUUCACAAACUAGUUUGUGACAAGUUUAUUCAUUUUCUCAGCUUUAUAUUGAGAUUUUCUGUCUUUCUUACACUUUACAAUGACAGUGCCAUAUUUUUUGUCACAAUAUAUUUGGGUUUGUAGAACUAAUGUUUUAAUUAGGUUAAGUAUAAAUGGAGUAGAAAAUUAGUCUUAACAUUUUUAAUAUUUUCUGAUGCCAUAGUUGAAAAAAUAAAUAAUUUUCUAUACUUUCUUUUAAAAGUAUUUAAACAGAUUCUCUUUUAAUAUAAUUUCUGAACUUAAUAUAUUUUGGAUUCAUCAAACUGCCUUGUAUUUUGUUUAUUUAAAAUUAUGUUAUGUUAAAUAUUAGUUUAUUGUGGUUGUUGAAAAAAUGUUAAUUGUUAUAUGAGAAAAUGAAACAAGGUAUAUAUAAAUAUGUUUUAUUGGUUCAAUCAAAGAGUUGGGUCUCAGGUUUUCACAAUCGUACUAUGAAUUUUGCAUGCUUGCUCACCUACGCAUUUGUCAUCAUUACAAGCUGAAUGAAUGAGAAGGAAAGUUGUUUUUCAUCUGUUUUUGAAACUUUGAAACUUUUAAUGUCAAGCUAUUUGUUCAGUAAAUGUACCUCUUAGGAAUCCUCUACUAAAUUAAAAAAAAAAGAACAAUAGAUGUUUAUUUUAUAUUAAGAAUUGUAUUUUUUUUACAAAACAGACACUGGAAAUCCAACAUUUUUCUGAAUUUACAGAAAUGCAUAAUUGUUCUUUUUUUUAUAAAUACAUAUAAUCUCAUUAUUGAUUUGUUUUCCAAGAAAAAUUGUUGUUGUAUGGUAAAAAAUUGUUAUUCCAGUAUGUUUUUUAAUUUGUUUUGAUAAAGGGAUGAUUAUGUUAUGGUACAAAUCGAAACUUUCUGAUGACUUAUGUCUCUCUUUCUUAUAUCGAAUAUAUCUGAACAAAGACAGGACUAAGUAAUAUAGUAUGAAAAUAAAUUCUCUGUUGCUAAAAUAUAAAACUAUUAAAUGCAUCAUGCCAUCAUGUAUAAGUAAAUACAAUCAAAAUUUUAUAGCAUUUAAAUUAAAAUUUACAGUACAAACAAACCAAUGCAUAUUUAGGUCUUUGACAUAUUAAAAACAUGGAAAUUCAUGAGUUUUCAGAUUGGUUUGUACCUUACAUAUAAAGGCAUUUAUUAUUUGUUACGGAGGGAAUGUUUUGUUCAAACUGAAUGGGUUAUAAUGCAAUUAUGUUAGUAGUAUUUUGAUAUUCUACUUUACAUUACAAUAAAUGAUAUGCAAUAUC